CAAAAGAAAAUUUGAAAAACAUCAGACUCUUUUGAAUCCCAAUAUGAAACGUGCAAAAGGCGAGUAUGUUUAUGGGGCUCGCUUUGCCGGCGCGUUAUUAAACAAAAUGAAAUGCUAAAGAACAAUAAUAACCACAACAACUGAGUAAACGCAAUAAUCAAUAGCAGAGAGUAUCAGCAUUUGGUUUAAAUAUGAGCGUCAGGUCGGUAUGAAGUUCAGUCGAAAACUCGAUCUCAACGUGAACAGAUCAACAAGUUGAAUUAUAAAGUCAAAGUUAGUAGAAAGCUAAAGCAAAUUUACACAGCUUAUAAAAGUAAAUAAAAUUGUGUGUUAAAAAUAAAAAAAAAACUGUCGAAAAAAAUUCUUUGAAUUGCAAGAAAAUAAUAAAAAUAUUCAGAAUUGAGUGCAAAAAAGCAUUUACUAGGAAAAAAAAUAUUUUUACAAAAAACACUGUCAAUUAUAUUCAACAACAAAAAAUGUGCUCACUAAAAGUGUGUUUAAUCUUCGUCGUGGGUAUUAUUGCUGUGAGCUGCAUAAGCAGUACAAAUGCUGCCGUGUUCACACAACCCGCUGCCUUCCAUCCUGCGCAUCGUGGCAAGUGCUUCGAUAAGAUCACCCGCCGUGCUAUGCUGCCGAACAAGGAGUACAAGCCGAAAGGCAUUUGCGCCGUCAUGACAUGCGACAUACACAGGCAGACGAUCAAUAUUGAGACCUGCCCGUACGUGGAGAUGCCCGGCUGUGAAGAGUUGCCCAGCGAUCCCAAUUGGGCAUUCCCUAAGUGCUGUGCACAAUUUAAGUGCACGGACUUCAAGACCGGCAAGGAGUUCAUUGUGUCGGCGUAGAGGCCAUUAAGCUGCGCUGAGCGGAAUCAUAAAUAAAAUAAAAUAAUAAUGAUAAGAAUACUCAAGUGCCGCAUGCCACGCGUUGAAGGCCGGGAAGGAAGUGUUGGGUGCAGUAUGGCUGAACGGAGGGCGGGUGUGAAAAAGAUGGCGAGUGUGUGCGCGUGUGGCACGAAAACGUGAUUUUAUGCUUUUACUUACCAUUACUACCUUUAACUACGAUUAAAACUACAAAGUACUAUUUUUAAAUGUGUGAAUCGUCUACGAAGUGUGCGUGCCUGCAGCGUGUAAUCUCGGUUGAGAAGCUACUACUUUUGCUUUAACUAUGUUAUUCUAUAUUUUUUUUGUUAUUUAAUAAUUGUCUCACUCAUUACAAAACUUCAUUAGUGUGUAAGAUUAUUUAUUGAAAAAAAAAUUGUAAAUACUCGUUUUUCGCCUUUUAUUAAAAAAAAAUUCGUUUAUUUUUGUAAUUAAUAAUUUGAAUUUUUGUAUAUUUUUUUUUUUAAUUUUUGCAAUUGUUUUUAUUGAUUUCUGUAAUAAAUUUUUUUAUUUUUAUAAUUUAUUUUUUCUUAAACUUUGUAAUAUUUAUUUACUUUCUUAAUUUUUUUCAUAAUUUUUUUUAAUUACUUUUUUUACUUAAUUAUUUUAAUUAAAUAUGUUUAAAAAGUUUUAACUAGUAUUUUUUAUUUAAAAAUAUUUGGUUUUUUAUUUUUCUUAUAUUUGUAUGUGUGUUCGCAUGUUUGUUAAUAAUUUUAAGUUAAUUAUUUAAAUUUUGUAAAAUAAAACUCUCAACUCAUUAAUUGUGGGUUAGCGUAUGAAUUGUAGUAUUUAUAAUAUAAGAUUUGGAAAUUAAUUGAAAUUAAAAACAAAAUAUAAAAUUUAAAUAAAAUACAAAAC